AGAGCAGACAGGCGCGGCACACGGCAGACAUGGCGUACAGCUGGGAUAACCGCGUCAAGUUCGUCGUGCGGUACAUGUACGAUAUCGACAACAAUGGGUACCUGGACAAAAAUGACUUCGAAUGUCUGGCAGUGCGCACGACGAUCAUCGAGAGUAAGGGCGAUUUCACGCAGGCCAAGUACGAAGAAAACCGCAAGGUCAUGAGGAAUCUUUGGAAUGAAAUUGCCGACCUCGCCGACUUCAACAAGGACGGUGAAGUGUCCGUGGACGAAUUCAAGCUGGCCGUGAAAGACGCCUGCGUCGGAAAGCCGUUCGACAGUUUCCCGGGAGCGCUCAAAGCCUUUAUCUCGUCCCACUUUUCUACAGUGGACGUGAACGGCGACGGGCUGGUGGGCAUCGAAGAGUACAGGGUCGACUGCUGCUCCCGGCAGGCGUACAGUGAAAUCCAGCUGCUGGACGACGCCUACAACAAACUGUGCAGCGCAGAGGACAAGAAGAAGGGCGGGAUCGACAUCAAGCGCUUCCAGGAGCUGUACGCCCAGUUCAUCGGCAACCCAGACGAGACGAUUGGCGCUGUCUUCCUCUUCGGUCCGCUGACAGAGCUCAGCUAGGUGCCCGCUGCCCGCCCCCGCGCUCGAGCCCCGGCGGCGGCGGACGCCGCCCGC